CCCGACAUUAUCAUAACACCUGUUCGGCUUUUCUGUUAAAUGAUUGGUCCAUCAGUAUCAGCGUACUGAGAGAUUCAACAUCUGAAAGUCUCACCUCUCAAGCUUUCUCUCAGAUUCCCGGAAAAUGGAAACCAAAUUCUCGCGAUCCAAACAGAAGGCUGACGCGGCAGCUGUGCUCCGGAAAUCAUGGUACCACCUCAGGCUGUCGGUAAGGCACCCGACCCGGGUUCCCACUUGGGACGCCGUCGUAUUGACGGCGGCUAGCCCCGAGCAGGCCGAGCUCUACGAGUGGCAGCUCACUCGCGCCAAGCGGGCGGGCCGCAUAGCCGCCUCCACGAUCACACUCGCUGUGCCUGACCCCCAUGGCCAGCGCAUCGGCUCCGGCGCCGCCACUCUCCACGCCAUUCACGCCCUCGCCAAGCAUUACCGUGCGUUGGGCCUACACUCAGAGCAGGUGGCAGCUACAAGCAAUGGUGGUUUUGGGUUCUCGGAGUCAAAUCGAAAUGCAACUGGCAAUGAAAUGGAUGAUGAUCUCUCGGAAAUGGUUAGCUUCAUUGCCAAGAGGCAUAUAUUAUUGCUUCAUGCUGGUGGUGAUUCGAAAAGGGUCCCCUGGGCAAAUCCCACGGGGAAAGUUUUCCUGCCACUUCCAUAUAUGGCAGCUGACGACCCUGAUGGGCCAGUCCCGCUGCUUUUUGAUCAUAUACUUGCAAUUGCUUCUUGUGCAAGACAAGCUUUUAAAAAUGAAGGUGGAAUAUUUACUAUGACUGGAGACGUACUUCCAUGUUUUGAUGCCUCCAACAUGGUGCUUCCAGAGGACACAUCCUGUAUCAUAACUGUUCCCAUCACCCUUGAUAUCGCGUCUAACCAUGGUGUUGUUGUGGCAUCUAAGAGAAGAAAUGUAGAAAAAAGUUAUCCUGUCAGCUUUGUUGAUAAUCUCUUACAGAAACCUAGCGUAGACGAACUUGUUAAGAACAAUGCAAUUCUUGAUGAUGGUAGAACACUUCUUGACACUGGAAUAAUAGCGGUUAGAGGUAAAGGGUGGGAGGAGCUUGUUAUACUUGCAUGUUCCUGCCAACCAAUGAUUUCGGAGCUUCUGAAGACCAGAAAGGAGAUGAGCUUAUAUGAAGAUCUUGUAGCAGCUUGGGUACCUGCAAAGCAUGACUGGUUGCGACUGCGCCCUUCAGGCAAAGAACUGGUCAGCAGAUUAGGAAAACAGAAGAUGUUUAGCUACUGCGCUUAUGAUUUGUCGUUCUUACAUUUUGGAACUUCAAGUGAGAUUUUGGAUCAUCUGAGUGGAGCUGCCUCGGGACUGGUCGGUCGAAGACACCAGUGUUCUAUCCCAGCAAGCACUCUAUCUGACAUUGCAGCAUCCGCUGUUCUUCUUUCUAGUAAAAUUGCACCUGCUGUCUCGAUUGGGGAAGAUUCUCUUAUAUAUGAUUCAACCAUUCCGAGUGGAAUGCAAGUUGGUUCUCUGUCCAUAGUUGUUGGUAUCAAUGUUCCAGAAGUAAAUAGUAGUGCUGCAGAAAAUUCAUUUAGAUUCAUACUUCCGGAUCGCCAUUGUCUUUGGGAGGUUCCUCUAGUCGGACACACUGGAAGAGUCAUAGUAUAUUGUGGCCUUCAUGAUAACCCCAAGGUUUCACUCUCUAAGGAUGGCACUUUUUGUGGGAAACCCUGGAGGAAGGUUGUGCAAGAUUUAGGAAUCCAAGAAAAUGAUCUAUGGAGCUCAAUGGGUACUCAUGAAAAGUGUUUGUGGAAUUCAAAAAUAUUCCCCAUUCUUUCUUACUUUGAGAUGCUAACUUUGGCAUCGUGGUUGAUGGGCUUGAGUGAUGAAAAUUCUGAGCAUUUGCUUUCUCUGUGGAGAAGUUCACCUCGUGUUAGUUUAGAGGAGUUGCAUAGAUCAAUUGAUUUUUCAAAGAUGUGUCAUGGUUCAAUUGAUCAUCAAGCAGACCUUGCAGCUGGAAUCGCUAAAGCAUGCAUUAAUUAUGGGAUGUUGGGCCGCAAUUUAUAUCAGUUGUGUGAAGAAGUUCUGCAAAAGGAAGAUUUAGGAGUCAAAGUAUGUGAGGAAUUUCUAAGUCUUUGUCCCGGACUCCUGGAGCAGAACUCUAAGAUCAUUCCCAAAAGCCGAGCAUUCCAGGUUCAAGUUGAUCUUCUUCGAGCAUGCAGCAAUGAAACAACAGCACGUAAGUUGGAGCACAAAGUUUGGAAUGCAGUUGCUGAUGAAACAGCUUCAGCUGUAAAAUAUGGUUUUAAAGAACAUCUCUAUGAGACUCCCAGCGAUAUCUCUAUUCUGUCCCAUAAGAACAAUGAUUUCGACGGCUGUGUGGAUCAUUCAUUCCACCCCAGAAAGGUGAAGGUUGAAUUACCAGUUCGUGUGGAUUUUGUUGGGGGUUGGAGUGACACUCCUCCAUGGAGCUUGGAGCGCUCUGGUUGUGUUCUGAAUAUGGCAAUAAGUUUGGAAGGUUCUCUUCCAAUUGGCACCAUCAUCGAGACAACGAAAAAAACUGGUGUCUGUAUUAGUGAUGAUGGUGGAAAUGAGUUACACAUUAAGGACCUAACCUCAAUUGCCACACCAUUUGAUGACAACGAUCCAUUUCGGCUUGUCAAAUCCGCACUGCUUGUGACUGGCAUUAUUCACGAAAAUGCUCUUGCAUCCAGGGGUCUGCAGAUCAGGACAUGGGCUUGCGUACCUCGUGGAAGUGGCUUGGGGACUUCUAGCAUCUUAGCAGCUGCAGUUGUGAAAGGACUUCUUCAGAUUACCGAUGGAGAUGAAAGUAAUGAAAAUGUUGCGAGACUUGUUCUUGUAUUAGAACAGCUCAUGGGGACAGGUGGUGGUUGGCAGGAUCAGAUUGGGGGUCUCUACCCGGGUAUUAAAUGUACUUCAAGUUUUCCUGGUAUCCCAUUGCGACUACAAGUCGUCCCACUCUUGGCUUCCCCACCGUUAAUUUCAGAGUUGCAGCAACGCUUGCUUGUGGUUUUUACCGGUCAAGUUCGACUUGCACACCAAGUCUUGCAAAAGGUGGUAACCCGCUACCUCCGAAGGGACAACCUUCUUAUAUCGAGCAUCAAGCGCCUCGCUGAACUGGCCAAGAUUGGGAGAGAAGCGUUGAUGAACUGUGACAUAGACGACCUUGGGGAGAUAAUGCUAGAGGCUUGGAGGCUGCAUCAAGAACUCGACCCUUACUGCAGUAACGAGUUUGUGGAUCAACUCUUCAGAUUCGCACACCAGUACUGCUCCGGCUACAAGCUCGUGGGUGCCGGAGGCGGAGGCUUUGCCUUGUUGCUUGCCAAGGAUGCCAAGCAGGCAAAGGAACUAAGGCUCUUGCUGGAACAAGAUUCAAAUUUUGACGUCAAAGUAUACAACUGGAACGUCUUCUUAGAUAAUUAAUUAGAUUGAUUCUUAGCUUCUUGUAACAUUCUUUAAUGUAUAUUAAUAUUAAUUUAGAAUUACGUGCCAUAAUUACUGGAUAUAAGUUUCGGGUGUUGUAUUAGUUUGAAAAUAAUUCAAAUUUGUAUUUGUAUGGAAAUAAAUAUAGAAUAAAUUCAUGAAUUGAUUCAUUUAAAAAUCGUUA